AUGGCCGGCGUUUGCAACACGCCCGGCACCUGUGAGGCGAUCGACGUGUUUGGUUCACCCAUUUACUUCUGCCCAACGAUUACCGGCGGAGGUGGUUUUUUUGGUAACGAUCUCGGGGCGUGCACAACCGCAUGUGCAAGCGCCAUGCAGGUGUGCACAGCAGCGCCCGGUGACUACACCUGUCCAUUAGGUAAUGAAUUCGCGUGCAUUGACAAUGCCGGCGUUCAGCAAUGUAGUGCAAAUGCCUGCGUCGAUUUGGCAAUAUCACCGCCGGUCGAUACGCCGCUGCAAGGGCAGGGGACAAUGCUGAUUGAUGAUGGUGAUCGAGACCAAGACGGGUAUUGUCUUGGCGCAACGGUCAUUUUCAAUGGGCGCGCCAUGGAGUGCUUGCCGUCGGGGCUGUCUACCGCCUUCCAAGACUGUUGCGAAGCGCAAGGCGAAAUCUAUACCGAUUCAACGGGUAGCGCAGUCCAAAGCACGCUGACCAACAAAGCCAUUAUUGCAACCUUUCAAGCCGCAACCACCGCCUACGGCGCCUAUUCCGCGGCAGUAGCUUCUGGUGCCUCUACGGGGGCUGCGGCGUCGGCGGGUGCAACAGCAGCCGGUGACGUUUUUGCCGUCGCGUUCGAUCCAACCACGCUUGUUAUUGCCAUAGCAGUUGCGCUGGUACUGGAGUGGUUAACCAGGGCCUGUCCGCAGGAGAGCUUGGAAGCGGCGGCGUUGGUUGCGUCCGAGUAUUGCGUCGAGCUCGGUUCGUAUUGUAAGCGCCGAAUUCUAGGAUCGUGUGUCCAACGUGGACGAACGCAAUGCUGUUUCAAUUCAAAACUGGCCAAGAUCAUUCACGAACAGGGGCGUGUGCAAUUGAGCACGUUCCCGAACGGCUUUGGAGAUAUCGAAGCACCCGAUUGCCGAGGGUUUACGCCAGAAGAGUUUCAGGCACUGGACUUUUCGAAAAUCGAUCUCACCGAAUACUACGACGACAUCACGCAAGCGUCGGAUGCGGUGAUCCAACAAACCAUUCAAGACGGAGUCCUGGCAGCUAGCGCGCUGCUAUUUGCGCAAGGUGUGUUGGCUGAAUCGGUGACGGUUGGCCAGACCUAUCCUAUUGCAGAGCGCGAUGCGUUGGAAGAAAUCGAAGGCCGCGCAAAAGCAGUCGAUUGGGCGAAAGCGUUAGAGAACGUGACUUGGUCGGCAAAGAACGGGUAUCUCGUGCCACGCGCAGCGGUUGAUCAAACCCGUCACUAUGUGCCUUGGUACACAAUUGAAUUUGAUGUGCGAGACCAGUUCGGCCAGGUUAUCUACCCAAAAGGGUUUCAAUUUAACGUGUUGGAACACAUCUCGCUGCCUUACCGAGUUGUCGUCAUCAAUCCGUCUGAUGUGGCCUGGGUCAAGCCACGGCUUAAAGACAGCGAUAUGGUCAUUCUGACCAAUGGGGACUUUGAAGAAGCGAGCGAAGUUUUAGAACGGCCCACGUUUAUGCUAGAUGCAAAGACCAAAACGCGGCUCGGCAUUGAGGCGGUGCCAUCGAUCGUGACGCAGUUCGGCGAUAGACGCCAGCAUCUAUUUUUGGCGCCAAUCGUUGUCACAGUAGUACUCAUGCUUCUGUUCAUCUCCGGCGACGUGAAAGCGAGUGAAUGCACGGGCCCGGGGAUUAACCCCGUUACGGACGUUUCGUGGCAGUGCAUUUUUCCGAUACAAAUUGCCGGUAUUGUUCAGCUUGGAUCGAAUCCCGACGACGCUGACGACAUUGCUAAUCCGGUUUGCGUCUGCACGGGCGGCACCGUUCCAAAGUUUGGGCUGACGGUCAGUUUUUGGGAACCGUCUCGACUGAUUGACACGGUGUCGGAUCCUUACUGCCUGAUGGCGUUGGGGUCGAAGCUUGCCAAUCCCAGACCUGGGAGCCUCGGUGGUUCGAUGGACCGUGACGAGAACAGCCAACGCGCGUUCCAACAAAUGCACUACUACAUCUUUCCAGUUUGGUCGAUCCUGGAUCUAUUCACUGAUAUCCAGUGUUUGCAGGACGAAACGUUUGAUGUCGCCAUGAUGUCGGAACUCGUCCCAACCUGGAACGACGACAUCCUGUCCACCAUUGUGAAUCCAGAGGCCGUGCUUUUUGCAAACCCCGUGUCGCAAUUGGCCUGUGCAGCAGAUGCCUCAGCGGUCCUGUUAGGUAAGCCGCGCAACGAGUUGUUUUGGUGUAUGGGCAGUUGGGGCAGUGUUUACCCCCUCGCCGGGUCCAUCACGCUCACAGAUUACGUCGAGGCUAACGCUGGCUUGGCGGCACGAAGUAUCUACUUUAUGGGCAGAACCGGGCUGCUGUGGGACACAGCGCUCGAUGGGUGUUCAUUGCAGUACACGCCAAUCUGGCGCAAAGACCGCUUCAAGCUGCAGCUCGCCAAGCCGGUGAAAGAUGCGCAAGUGGCAGAAACCGUUGGCGACCAAGUUGUGGUCUCAGCCGAAGUUCAGUCAGCGCUUGAUGCGGUCAUGGAUCGGGUUAAAAGCCCGGAGUGGGUGGCGCAGCAGAGCCGCCUUAGACGAGACAUUGGUGUUCUGACGGGGAUCGUCGAUGAGGCGGAAGACGAAGAUGCGCCAUACAUCGCGGAAGACCGCUUGGUUGUGUUUGUUUCGUCAUCGAUGCCGCUCAACACGCUCCGCAAUUAUGCGAAAGACCUGGAUGAGAUAAAUGGCCUAAUGGUCAUGCGCGGCAUGGUUGGCGGCAUGAAAAGCAUGGGCCCGACGCUGGCGCACAUCAGCAAGGUGCUACGCAUAGACCCGAACUGUACGGGUGGCAACUGCCCGAUGCGAACGACGAACUUCGUGAUCGACCCUGUGCUUUUUCGGGAAAACGGGAUUGCCCAAGUACCGGCGGCUGUUUUUGUCGAAGACAUGCCGUUGGAACCGUACUGCGAACGAUUCGAAGCCGACUCGAUUCCCGCAAAAGCACGCUAUGUCGUGUACGGCGAUGUCUCGGCACGGCACAUGGCAACAGACACUGUGAUGUUAGGGCGCCUUGUACAACGGAUCCUCACACCGGCGACGAUCGAGUGGCGCACGUUUGGUUGGAAACUGGGAAUUGUAGCUCUGGGGUGCGUCGCAAUCUUUCAUGCAGAGCGUCAUAUCUUAGUCACUGUUUCUGCGUCGGUUGAUGAGCGAAUCUUUUGGCGAACAAGCGCACAACCGGACAAAGGGGACUACGCCACAUUCCUAUUCAGCCACCCGUUGGCCGGAGAAGAACCGGUUCGAUUGACAAAGCGCCUCGUCUGCUGGGAGGGCGAUCUGCUCACAAUCGAUGGCCGCCAACACUAUUGUAAUGGCCAGCCACUUGGCCUCGCAAAGGAAACAGGCCUCAAUGGGCAGCCCCUACCGCUUUUUAUUUUCAAUGACCGUGUACCGCCCGGGAAGGCUUUUGCGUUUGGUGUUCACGCAGACUCUUUCGACAGCCGGUACUGGGGACUCAUUGACGUCGCAUCGACGGAACGAUUGGCUAACGUCGCUAUGAAACUAAAUAUUUCCAUGAUUCCAAUUCGCGCUUUAGCCAGUGUUGCGAUACUGGGGACGCUAUUUGGGACGACAGUUUCUCUUGCGUACGCCGAGACCGCUCGCGAGACCGAGAAAAAAGGUUUCUGGUGGUAUGAAGAAAAACCGACGGAAGAAGAAGAGGAGGCCAUGGCGCGGUAUGAACUGCCUGCGCUGCCCUCAAUGCAGGUACUGGCCGAGAUGCAUCCGUUGGACAUUAAGAAGGAAUUGGAGGACCGGAAGGUCUACGCAGUCUGGAAGCAAACGCCCGAAGCGGUCCUUGAUUACUACAAAGUGCAGGACGUCGUCCGGCGCCAUGCACUCGCGUUUACCGCCCUAACAAAAUACGUGAUGCUUAAGAACCCAGAGCUCAAUGCGCGCUCCGCGUUUGCGUCAUCAGGCGCUGGCCGAGAUAUUGAGACUCAGGUGCGCGGUGAUCGCAUCGAGCGAUCUCUGAGUAGCUCACGCAACGACUAUGCAUUGAUUAUGUUCUCCUCGCCCGAAUGUCCGUACUGCACGAGUCAGAUUAAUGUUCUGAAGUACUUUGCCGACCGGCACCACUGGGUGGUUGAUGACGUCGACAUUACUCGGGAUCACGCCUUACAGGCACGAUUCAACAUCACGACCACGCCAAUGACCAUCCUCAUUGAACGCGGCUCCGAGCGUUGGAUGCCGAUCGCGAUUGGCCUUGAAUCAGUUGCAGCGAUUGAAGACAACACCUAUCGAGCUGUACGGCUACUCAAAGGCGAGAUUACAGAAAAACAAUUUUUCACGACGGAAUACCAGGAUGGCGGCUUCGCCGAUACCGUGGUGCCGGAGGAGGAUCUAUGA